CACUUUUGAAGCAAAUGAACGUUUUUUGACUAAAACUAACAUUUGAAGCGCUUAUCAGUUAUUGUUUCAAAUUCAUUGCAUAAUAUGUUUGAAUGAAAACUAGAUUUUUAUCAAAUGAUUGUCAAUGAAAGCAAGUGAAUAGUUAGUGAAAUUAGUAUUCAAUUGUUUCAAAUAAGUUAGAGACCAAUAAGGAGUCCAUCGCAAGGGCUCCUGUUGUCUGAAUUGAAUUGUGAGCCAAAAAACCCCCAAACCUUGCAGACAAUGGACAUUGCGAUGAGUCCUUCAAUAGUGGAUAUAAAGCAAUGAUUGGUCCUCCGGGAGGGUAUCCAUCGCACGGGCCAUACAAAGUGCAACGUAAUGCAGCUAACAUUCGGGAACGCAAAAGGAUGCUCAGCAUCAACAGCGCCUUUGAAGAGCUCAGAGUACAUGUGCCCACUUUCCCAUUCGAAAAACGGCUGUCCAAAAUCGAUACAUUGAGACUCGCGAUCGCUUACAUAGCGUUACUUAAGGAGAUAUUGGCGUCAGAAUACGAUCCGAUCACUUAUAUUGAGAAGUGUCUGAAAGGAGAGAUCAAAGGAGAACACACUCACGAGUGGAAUACUAGCGAUCUAACGGCAAGACUUUCGUGGAUUAAUUGGGAGAACUUAGGCGUGAAUCCAAACCGAAGAAAUAUAGGUUCACUCUCUCCUUUCACCAGAGCGUCGAGUCUUCAACACAACGAUAUGUCCGGCGCUCCUCUCUAUCAGUUCUCAGACCGCAAUAUUCAGUGAACUAUUCAACACAUCUUUCAUUCAAACAUGUAUUCCAUCACAUGUUUGCAUCACAUCUCUGAUUAUGCCAAAUAAUGCAUGUCUUAUCAUUACAAAUACAAUUGCAAUGGAUCUUUAGCUUCAUGUAACUUCUAGUCUACUGUAAAUUCUAGUCAACAAAGAAAGUGUGUAAUUGUUUGAUGUUUUACAUAAUUUACACAAUAUUGGAUUUCGUUCACAGAACGAGAAUAUUGUAAUUUAUUUUGUAAACUAGAAAUUGUGAUUAAAAUGAAAUUGAUUGAAAAGAA